UGUUCGUGUGGUGGUACUACCGAGGAGAAAAAUUGUGUGUACGGUGCUUUAAAAAGUGACUUAUGUACGUGACCGAAAAAAAGGAGGAUUGUGAUACAUAUUGAGGUCGUUGUGAUAUAUUUUUUGUGAGUUUUUUAUAUUGUGUCGGUACUUUGGUUUGUUAGAAAGUGACUUUUUUAUGGAUAAAAAGUACGUCUCGAAGCGGAAAAAGUUGGGAACGUACUGAACACGAGUGAAAUCUAGGACGCCCUUUUGAUUUAAAAGCGUGUCCUCGAGUCGGCAAAACGGAUUUCCUGGGGGUGCAGGGUGCCCACCCAUGUCCGCCCCUCCACCACCACGCGCAGCUCGUGUCGCCCAGCGCCUUCGGAGGUGAGGGCGGCCUGGCCGCCCCAGGGCUGGCAGCGGCACCCCAGCACCACCACCAGCAGCUCCCCCAGCAGCAGCAGCAGCAGCAACCCUCUAGCCAGGCGACGAUGAACCAGCUGGGCACAGUGUACGCGACCAAGAGGAGAAGGAGGAACGGAAAAAGUCUGAAACCAACCCCGAAAGAUGGCGUUACCAAGAGCAACCCCAGCAAGAGGCACCGGGAACGUCUCAACGCCGAGCUGGACACGCUGGCCAGUCUUCUGCCCUUCGAGCAAAACAUCCUGUCCAAACUGGACAGGCUGUCGAUUCUACGUCUUUCCGUCAGCUAUUUGCGCACAAAAAGUUAUUUUCAAGUUGUUAUGCACAAAGACAAAGAUGAUCCUGUUGGAAUGCAUCGGACGCGCGAACUUACAGCCUUCGAUCAUACACCGAUGGACGGGGAAAUGUUCUUACAGGCUCUCAAUGGCUUCCUAAUGAUUCUCACCUGCGAAGGAGAAGUGUUUUUCGCUACACACAGUAUAGAAGGAUAUUUGGGGUUUCACCAGUCUGACAUAGUGCACCAGUCGGUCUACGAGCUGGUCCAUUCCGAGGACAGGGAGGAGCUGCAACGUCAGCUGAUGUGGAACUCCUUUUUGCCUCCCGAGUCGGCCAACAUGGGCCUCCAAGACGUCUUGCUCCCAGAGAACGCCCAUCUUUUGGAGAGGAGUUUUACCGUGCGCUUCCGAUGUCUCCUAGACAAUACUUCCGGAUUUUUGAGAUUGGAUAUACGGGGAAGAGUGAAAGUUCUUCACGGACAAAACCGAAAGUCGGACGAGCCGCCCCUAGCACUGUUCGCGAUUUGCACACCGUUUGGGCCGCCAUCUUUACUAGAAAUACCUCAAAAAGAAGUGAUGUUCAAGAGUAAACACAAAUUAGACUUAGCCUUGGUGUCUAUGGAUCAAAGGGGGAAAUUAUUAUUAGGAUACUCGGAUUCUGAAUUGGCCAAUAUGGGAGGCUAUGAUUUGGUACAUUACGACGAUCUAGCUUAUGUAGCCAGUGCUCAUCAAGAACUAUUGAAAACAGGAGCAUCGGGAAUGAUAGCAUACAGGUUUCAAAAGAAAGAUGGUCAGUGGCAAUGGCUCCAAACUAGUUCCAGACUGGUGUACAAAAAUUCCAAACCUGAUUUUGUGAUUAGUACGCACAGGCCUUUAAUGGAAGAAGAGGGUAGGGAUCUUCUCGGCAAACGCACCAUGGACUUUAAAGUGAGCUACCUGGACGCAGGUCUUCCCAAUUCGUACUUUCCAGAAAACGAGCAAUUGCUGACAUCUCCAACAGCGCACACGUCAGUUCCUUGUACGCCCACUAGAGUCAACCGCAGGUACAAAACACAACUAAGGGACUUUCUUACCACAUGUAGAACGAAGCGCAAGUUGUCGCACGGGUCCAGUUCCAGCCAAGUGACGUCACCGACGACCAAUCCGGCCGUAACUACGUCCGUAGUGCCUUCGAUGCCGCCAACGGUUGAAUAUAUUGCCGACGGCUGCACAGCAACUUACAACAUGUACACAGCCCCCUAUGCCACGGCCACGCCCGAUCAUAGUUUGAGCUACAUGACGCAUUCGGCUACCAAUUUCAACCAUACCCUCUACCCAACGGCAACAGCGCUGGAUAAUCGAUAUUUGACCACAACUGAAAACUUAUUCCAUCAGUAUAGACCUCUAAGUACGUACUACCCCGAAUACCACCACGCCACACCAACAACCCCUUAUAACGGUUUCCUAGACGUCACUCCACGAACGUACGAUCCAGCCGCUACAACACCAACCCAUCACACCACGUACCGGGCUACUGUCAUGGACGACAAACUGUACCCGUGUCAUCAGCAGGUUGUAGAGGCGACGCCUGUAAAGUACGCCAGCUACGACACUACCAGAGGUUACGUAGUAUCGAAUAACAAAUGUUUAGAUGUAGGCUGGCCGUAUUCUGUGAGUCCGUCCUCUGGAAUCAUCCAGCCUGUGCAAGUUAUGAGCACGCCACAGCUGGAACUCAGCGGAAGUCCUCAUAAGGAGACUAUCAAAAAACAUUCGUCUUCGCCUCAGCAUCAACUAAUCACUCCGAAAAUCGAAGAAAUUAAACAAGAUACGCCGCUGAUGCAGUCACAAGACAGUCCUGGAACCCACCACAUCAGCACGCCACAGCAUUUUUCUCCAAUUCCUACCAGCAAUCAAGGGGACAUUCCCAGCAGACAAACUGUACUAAUGUGGGGAUCUCACAACUCCACCCCAGUGAACAGUCGAAGCCCUUUGAGCGAUGGUACUACUUCGCAGGACUACCAACAUCAUCAAAUCAACACAGUUCCGGUCACUGUCAAUCAUCAAAUUACAACGGUCCAAGUAACGGAUGAACAACACUCCAUUGAAUCUUUAAAAGUUGGCAGUACUGUGUUAGAGGAUUAA